AUGGCUGACAAUUCUGACUUCGGCGAUUUUCCACUCCAUCAAUGUGUGUUUAAAAAUGAUUACAAGCGAUUGUCACAACAAAUCAGGACGCACGAUGUCGGUCAGAAGGAUAUCCACGGAAACACACCACUCCACCUGGCUGUUAUGCUUGGAAGAAAAGAAUGUAUACAGUUGUUAUUAGGCCAUGGUGCCCCAAUAAAAGUAAAGAAUCUGCAGGGUUGGACACCGCUAGCUGAGGCUAUUAGUUAUGGAGAUAGACAAACCAUUUUAAGUAUUUUAAGAAAAUUAAAACAACAAUCCCGAGAAGUAUUAGAAGACAGAAGACCAUCUUUAAUACGAGCUCUCAAACAUAUUGAUGAUUUUUAUCUGGAAUUAAAAUGGGAUUUUCACAGCUGGGUACCCCUAGUCUCGAGAAUAUUACCGUCUGAUAUUUGUAAAAUACACAAACGUGGACCAUGUAUACGACUGGACACAACGUUAGUAGAUUUUAAUGAUAUGCGUUGGGAACGGGGUGAUAUUACGUUUAUUUUUAAUGGUGAAGCUCCUCCCAAACAAUCUCUAACAGUUCUUGAUAAUAAACAAAAAGUUUUUCAACGAAUUAGAUAUCAGGAAAGUGAGAUGGAAUUAGAAGAUGAAGUAGAUAUUUUGAUGUGUUCUGAUAUUAUGGCAGCUCAAAUGUCAACUAAAAAUAUCACGUUCUCUCGAGCUCAAAGUGGCUGGUUAUUCAGAGAAGAUAAAACAGAAAUGGUGGGAAAUUUUAAAGCUGAUUUUUAUGGUGUAAAUAAUAUGACCCUAGAAUCUCGGAAACGACGAGAACAUUUAUCUUCAGAAGAUAUCCAGAAAAAUAAAGCUAUUAUUGAUAAUAUAAGUAAAGGUGGCUGGGAUAAUUGUGAGUUUGACAGGCGUCAAUCAUUAACCCCACCUCCAGACCCUGAUGUAAAAUGGGAAGAAUAUAUAUCAUGUAGCCCUGGUAUUCCUCCUGUAUUAGGCCGGGUUCCAAUAGCUAAAGAAAAUUCAAAAAGUUUUAGAGCCACAAUGGCUAUGAGUGAAGAGUUUCCCAUGACAGUUGAAGUAUUACUGGAUGUUUUAGAAGUGGUGGCGCCGUUUAAACAGUUUCAGAAGUUACGAGAAUUUAUGACGUCCAAAUUACCUCCAGGUUUCCCUGUUAAAAUAGAAAUCCCAGUUUUCCCUACUGUCUCAGCAAAAGUAACCUUUACACACUUUGAAUGGAAAACUAAUCUCGAAGAUGAACUUUUUAAAUUACCUCAUGAAUAUAGAGAAGAUCCUAAUAGAUUCCCGGAUUUAUGA